UUAAAGCACGUAACGUAAAUUUAGGAAAAAAGAACAUUUACAAAGUUCAGACAAAUAUCCAAUGGAAUUAGAAAAGAACCUUAGGGUUUGGGAGGACCUUGACUGAGGGUUUCAAAUAGCAUUUUAACUGUAAAUGUGUUUACUGGUUUGCAUCUAGCUGAGAGAGAGAGAGAACCUUGUUAUCACAGUGAAGGAUGGACAAAUUUUGUGUUCACGAUCAGGAGGACCACCGCCAAAGCUUAUGCUUCGCAAUUUCUCCAAGAAAAUGAUCAUUCCACCAGCUUUUUGGCAUAACUUCAAGAAAGGAUUUCAUGAAGCUGUCUUGGAGGGUCCAAGUGGAAACUGUUGGAACGUUGAGGUUGAAGAAGUUGGGGAUGCCUUGUGUUUCUCUAGAGGAUGGAAGAAAUUUGUUGAAGACCAUUCUUUGAAUGAUGGGGAUUUCUUAGUAUUUUACUACGAUGGUGAUACUCAUUUUCUUAUCAAUAUAUUUGAUGAGAUUGCAUGUGAGAGAGAUGAUGCAUUUGAUGUUGAAUGCUCUGAGAAAUAUAGUCCAGUAGAGAAAAAUAUGUCAGAGUCUCCACCUGCCAUUGUUAAAGCAUCUGAGAACUUGGUCACUGACAAGCAGAAUGAAGGAGCAAUUCAGAAAGCCCAAUCAUUUAGGACUACUCAUCUCCACUUCAUCGUGGUUAUGAGGAGCACAUUAGUUUCUUCCAAAUUCAAUGUGCAGUGGCAUGAAUUGUAACUGGAAUAGAGGCCAUGUGAAUCACUAGAACAUGAUUGCAACGACGUGCUAUGGGAUAAAAGUUAAACCCAGCGGGGUGAAUGUCCCUAUGGACCCUAUUUUUGUCAAUCUCCAACCAUCCAUCAGUGGCAACAUACAAUGGAUAUAGCUAUGGAGUCCCAUAUAACAAAGUACACCAGGUUAUUUCAAACCUUCAUGAUUCCCUAAUUUAUUUUCCUUUAUUGUUUAUCCUUGUUUUCUAUCCUUCCUUUCUAUAACAAGUAUGGCGUUAAGUUGCUUAUCUUUGUGCAUGUCUAGACUAUUCCACAUAAGU